AUGAACCUCUCUUUCACCAAGGAAACUAAAGCUGCCGUGUACGUGUGUCUGCCGUGCAGCUACGACGUGCGUGGCAAGCUGCAGCUUCCGUCGCUGCACUGGCAGGAGCGGCGCGUGCUGGGCGACCGCGCCAGCUUCGACGCGCCCAGCCCUGUGGCGACGCCCUGGGCCUCCGGCGUCGCGGCGCUCACCAUCCGUGACGUACAGCGCCGUGACGACGCUCUCUACCGCUGCCGCGUCGACUUCCGGCGCUCGCCCUCCAGAAACUUCCGCGUUCAGCUCGCCGUCAUCGUGCCGCCGGACGUGCCACGUAUCGUAACCGACGAGGGGGAGGAAGUGACUUCUGUUGCUGGGCCCUACUUCGAGGGCGCCACCAUUGCCCUCACUUGCGUGGUCUCUGGAGGACGGCCGAUGCCCACGGUUCGCUGGUGGAGGGGAGAGCGGCUGCUGGCGGUGUCGGAGCCUCCGGUGCCAGAGGAGCCUCCUGAGGGAGAGGAGAAUGUUGGCGCAGUGGACCCUCUGGAGGAGCUGCUGGAAGAGGAGGAAGAGGAGGAGGAGGAGCUGGAGCCGAUGCGCAGCCGCGUGCAGCUGGGCCCGCUGGCCAGGGACGACCUGGGAGCGCGGCUCACCUGCCAGGCAUCCAACACCAGGGCCGCGCCGCCCGUCGCCGCCACCGUCGCCCUAGACCUCGUCCUGGCGCCGCUGGAAGCGCGCGUGCUCAGCUCGGACCAGGAGCUGUCGGCGGGGCGGCGCUGCAGCUUCACCUGCCAGGCCACCGGGUCCCGGCCGCCCGCGAUCGUCACCUGGUGGCUCGACGGCCACCUGCAGCCCAACGCCUCCGUCUCCCAGCAGGUUUCAGAAGACGGCAACGUGACGACAUCGACGGUGACGCUGACGCCGUCUGCAGCCGACCACAAGCGGGUGCUCACCUGCCGCGCCGAGAACCCUCGGAUGAACGCCGCCGUACAGGAGGACCUCUGGAGGCUCAACGUCAACUUCCCUCCUUCAGUGGAACUGCAGUUGGGAUCUAAACUCAACGCAGACGACAUUAAGGAAGGGGAUGAUGUCUACUUCGAGUGCAAUAUUGAGGCAAACCCCAACAUCUACAAACUCGUCUGGAAACUGAAUGGUCAGCUGUUGGCGGAUGGCGCUCGCACGAGAGUGUGGGUGGUCAACCACAGUCUGGUGCUGCAAAACGUCGACAGGCGGCGACACGCCGGCAACUACACGUGCGUCGCGUCCAACGUCGAAGGCGAUGGCGUCAGCAACACCUUCCACCUCAGAAUCAAGUUCAGGCCGGUGUGCGCGCCGGAGCAGCCGGCGACGCUGGCGGUGCCGGCGCACGACGUGGCCAGGGUGCUGUGCCGCGUCAGGGCGCACCCGCCGCCGCUCUUCUUCCGCUGGUUCUUCAACAGCAGCGCGCCUGCCGACGGCGCCGCCGACGCCAUCGCCCCGUCCGUGUCGUCAGUUGGUGGCGGUGCGGUGUCGACGUCCGAGUCUGGAGAGUUUCCUCAGCUGCCCGCGGUGCCGGAGGAGCGCUACAGGAUGCGCGGCGCCUCUGGCACCACGUCGCUGCUCACCUACACGCCGAUCACGGGCUCCGACUACGGCGACCUGCUCUGCUUCGCUGUGAACGCCGUGGGCAGCCAGAGCGAGCCUUGCGUCUUUACCGUCCUGCCGGCCAGCAAACCGGAUCCUCCGAGCAACUGCACGCUCGUGAACCAGACGUCGACGUCGCUGCAGCUGGAGUGCCUGGAGGGCUUCGACGGGGGGCAGCCUCAGACUUUCGAACUGCUGGUGGAGGACGCGGUGUCGGGCCGCCGCCUGGCCAACCUGUCGUCCCGCUGGCCGGCGUUCGGCGUGGCGGGCCUGCCUGCCGGCCAGGAGCUGCGGCUCACCGUCGCCGCCGUCAACAGCCGCGGCCGCUCCGCGCCCGUCGCCCUCGACGCCUUCACGCUCAAGGCCACCGAGCUACGCGCAGGUCGCCGGUCGUCGCUGGAGCUGACGCCGGUGCUGGCGGCGCUGCUGGCGCUGGUGCUGGUGCUGCUGCUGCUCGCCGUGCUGUCUGCCGCCUGCGCCGUCUACCUGCGCGUCCAGAGGUCCAGGGACCGCGCCGCGGCCAGGCCCAAGGACCUCGCCGUCAAGGAAAAGCGCCUGCUCGACAAGGACGACAAAAACCCUGACGUCGUUCCCUCCGCCAGUGUGGACGGGCAGGCUGCGUCGGUGGCGGAGACGCCGGUGCAGGCGUUGCCGCAGCCGCAGACGUCGCCGCCACCGCAGGAGCCGCCGCCGCUGCCGCCCCCCAACCCCGUGUCGCCGAAGGCCGUCCGCAACGGAGACCUCUUCCUCGAGUACAACAAUAACACGCGGAGCCGUGUGUGCGCGUGGGAGUCGCCGGUGCCCCCGGGCAGAACGGUGCGACCAGCGAGCGCCGACGUGACGUACGCGGAGCUCAGCCUGCCCCGCAGCGUCAGCGGCGGCGGCCCGGACGCCGCAGGAGGUGGUUCCGGCUCGGCGCCCCGCAGCCAGCGCCGCUACCCGCCCACCGUGUACGCUCAGAUCGACCACUCGCAGCGCGCCGCAGCCACAUCCAUGCCGACGUCGACGCCGCCGCCGCCUCCGCCGCCGCCGCGCGAGAUCGUCACGGUGCGCACGCCGCUCCCCGUGUCACCGCAGGAGAGCUGCGUCUAGGCUCAAUUGGCCGACGCUCCGUUCACUGGCUGCGCGCUAGCGUGCUGCUUCGUUGCCAAAGGGACAGCUCCCAGGAGACUCCCGUCUCUAUCUAGUCAGGUCGCACCUGUAGCCUUCGCGUGCUCCUUGUACACACUUUUCCUUUUGCUACGUGCGCUACCACGUGGCACUAACAUCUUAAAUAUUUGUCUUCCUAAAGGAAACAGGCUGGAGCUAAUGUUUAUGUGAAAGUAAAUUGUUACGCAAAACUAAGUCUUGCUGAGGUACUUCCUCGUCCUCAGUCAUUCUCCAAAAUAAUGUCGAAUAAUAAAACCAGUCAGUUUCGAGUCUAACAAUACACGGUAUUAUUUAAUUCAAUCUGAAUGAUUAGUGUACUUACCUGAUAAGAUACCAUAUGAACUGAGUAUGAAAAUGCUCUGAAAGCAGUCAACAAGAGCCUGCACAAUUGCUUAAUCUGUCCAUUUGAUGGGGCACUAAGAAUGCAUGAAAUACGAAAGGUUAGUAGCCCAGUGUCUGUCAAGGGAGAUGUCCAGUAAUUCCUUCUAGCAAACGUAUUUGUGUCACCUGUAAAGACGACUUCGUGUUCUGUACACCGUCUGUACUUUAAUACGUGCACCAAACAGUUCUGAAUAAGACCUCUGUGGUGUAUCAUACAGAGAUUUUUGCUCUUAUGUUUCUUCCGGUAACGAAUUCCUAGUGUGAGUAAAAAAUGACAACCGUAAAUUACUUAGAUGCGUGUGAAGCAGGGUACCGUUGUGUUCAUUUCCCUUUCAUGAAACCUAAGUUAGGUUUAUGUCCCUAUUUCAUCCGUGUUUUGUUAAUAAAAUAUCUACUAGGAGACUGUUUUCAGGGUUUGAUUGUAAGAUUGAAAGAGAUAAUCCAAGUAUGAUUCGUAUGCACAGUGUGUGUAUUUAGAAAUGAUGCUCUAUCUUCAGCUUGCAUUUAAAAUACGGUAACAUCCUGACGAUUAAAUAAAAAAGCUCCGACCAGGUUCAGUCGCUGCUCCACUAGCGACAUAAAACAACUCCCAUCUGCGCUGUACGAUAUUUUACAGUAAUGGUUAUGACACGCUAGUCAGAUAAAUUGAUGACCUUAUUUUUUUAUUUAUGCUAGUAUGGCUUAUAUUACCAAUCAUGAUCGCUUUAUUGUUAUUUCUAAGUUAUUACCGUUUUCUCAAAUAAUCAAGCUUUUGGAACGUUUACAAUUAGGUAUCUUUCACAAUUUUAUUCAUUCUGGCGUUCCGCAAAACGUCAGUUAUACUUUGGACUAUAUGUACAAUGUUUGUUUCUACACGUAAUUUGUGUAUGAUCCUACAUGUACUACGUUUACGAUUAUAUUCUGGAAUAAUACACAGUCUACUUUUGAACGACGUCAAGUUUUAAGAAAACUUACUAUUGAUUUACACCUGUGUCACUCCUUUCUUUGAAGAACACCAAUAAAUACGGUAGCCGACUCACUUCUUUUGCUAGGUAUUCACGUUAAUAUAGAAAAUGACUGAUUUCGUAAAAACAAAUUUAUAAUUUUACGCAGAGUGGAACUUAUUUCCAAUUUUUGAAGCGUUUCUGUUACUUGUGUGCACUCAGAAACAGGUUCACUAUCUCCAAUAACGUUUCCUGUAUACCUUUUUCUGAUUGUAAAGCUCCAUAUGUCUAAAUAAUGUUGUCACUCCGGAAACGAGCUAGCGAUAUAGAAAGACAUAAAACUGAUAAGAAAUGUAAGUUUUUUCAAACAUAGGAUCCAGGUGAUAUUACAAUAUUCUAAUGGCUGUGCAGGAUUUAUUUUGAGUUUCCCUUAGAACAGCUGUCUCCUAGCUCAAAUUGCUUUGAAAUUCUCUUUAUAGUUUAAUUGCUCCACUAGGAGCAAAUCUUCGUUGGUACAGCACUGGCUACAAUUUCUUUGUGGACGUAUGUGUGGAAUAGGAUAACGUUACAGGAGGCACAGGGUUUGAUAGGGUAUUUGUAAGAUUGAAAGAAAUUAUCUACCUAUGAUUCGUAUGCACUGUGUGUGCCAUAAGUGAUAAUGAAAUUAGAAAGAAACUAAAGGAAUAGACACCACGAAACUAAACGUAUAGGAAGUAGAUAAAAAACUCGGUUCUAGAAUGUAUAUAACAUAACACAUAAAACUAUUUUUGUAUGAAUGUUUUCUAUAGCUAAGAGUAUUCUAUGAAAUAUUAACAAAACGGAACAAUGUUUCUUAAAUAUUUCACAUCUGUACAGGUUUAUACUUCACAUUCAAAGUCUGAAAGGAAAGACGAAAACAAUUUCGAAUCAUGUAGAAAUAUCAGAGAUUAUGAAAUUCUCAGAGUGCAUAUCAGCACUUUGUCUUUUGGGACAUUCACGUAGAGGUAAUUGGGAUACGAAUGUAACAUUAUUAUGCACUGUAAUCACUGUGUGUCAUUUGUUUCUCUAUAUUUCUUUUUCUUUACAUGACUGUGAUAUUGGCAGUAAUUUUCAUAUCGGUUUCUGCCGUUAUGGCUGCUCUCCAUUUGAAGAUGUAUAGAGCAAAAUAUAUUUUAAUAUUACUUUUAACAGAACUUGUUGAAAUAUUGUAUGUUUCUGAAUGAAAUAGUAUUAAUAAAACUGAAUUUAAAAUGAUCAGGUUCCUUUCAAAUAUAUUAAGAAGAACC